AAAGCCCAAGUCCAAUUAGAUAGCCCAAGCCCAAGCUAAAUUAAACCUAAUAAUACUGGGUCCACAAUCAAAAUAUCUGUGUUGAGUUGAGAGUAUACUUGUUAUUCAGACUUGACUUGAGAGUAUUCGAUAAACAAGUAUCCGUUCAGAGUCAACAACAGUUGGCUAUAUGGAUAUUCCCGACGACAUAUUUGGCGAGUCACUAAAUCUAGAAGACACCCACUUAAACGAAGGCUUUCAAGAAGGCUAUGAAACUGGCUUCGCUUCUGGAAAAGAUGAUGGACGGGAAGUUGGAUUAAAAACUGGGUUCACAACCGGCGAAGAGUUAGGCUUUUACAGAGGCUGCAUUGAUGUCUGGAACGCUGUGAUUCGAGUCGAGCCAAGUUGCUACUCAGCUAGAGUUGAAAAGAAAAUCAAAGAGAUGGAUGAGUUGUUGUCUAAGUAUCCGAUUUUGGAGCCGGAAAUCGAGUCUGUAACGGAUAUCAUGGGGUCAUUAAGGUUGAAGUUUCGGGCUAUUUGCGCAACACUGAAUGUGAAGUUGGAGUAUAACGGGUACCCAAAAUCCUCGGACCCUAAUGAGAUUCAGUUUUGAGGUCAUCGAAACCAACUGUUAUAUUUUUAUUUUAUGUUAUAGCAUAGCAUUAGGAGUUGAGCUGUUUGUAGAAACCGCAUAAAUUUUUGUUACAAAAAAUUUUAUUUUAUAUUUUUGUUAGUUGUUACAAAACCAAUUUUAGUAGAAAAAGUGGAGAACCGCAUAAA